CCGGGGGCGCAGCGCGGCGGGCGUAGGUCUAUGUCGCGGGCGGCGGCGGCGGCGGCGGCCGCGGAGGGACGAUGCGCGAGUACAAAGUGGUGGUGCUGGGCUCGGGCGGCGUGGGCAAGUCGGCGCUCACCGUGCAGUUCGUGACCGGCUCCUUCAUCGAGAAGUACGACCCCACCAUCGAGGACUUCUACCGCACGGAGAUCGAGGUGGACUCGUCGCCGUCGGUGCUGGAGAUCCUGGACACGGCGGGCACCGAGCAGUUCGCGUCCAUGCGGGACCUGUACAUCAAGAACGGCCAGGGCUUCAUCCUCGUCUACAGCCUGGUCAACCAGCAGAGCUUCCAGGACAUCAAGCCCAUGCGGGACCAGAUCAUCCGAGUGAAGCGGUAUGAGAAAGUGCCAGUCAUCUUGGUUGGGAACAAAGUGGACCUGGAAAGUGAGAGAGAAGUGUCAUCCAAUGAAGGCAGAGCCCUUGCGGAAGAGUGGGGCUGCCCCUUUAUGGAGACUUCUGCUAAGAGCAAAACGAUGGUGGAUGAACUCUUUGCAGAAAUCGUGAGGCAGAUGAACUAUGCUGCACAGCCUGAUAAGGAUGACCCGUGCUGUUCUGCAUGUAACAUACAAUAGCAUUCACACAUGGCUGUCCUGGACGGGACUUGCCCAGUACCAUAGGCGACACACACCUCGUCCGCCCGACCACAGAGCUUGCAGGACGUGUGCUGUGAAUCUACAGUGAGGUAGCAGCCCUCAUUCAGCAUUGAGCAGUGAUUGUCAGUCGAUAUCUCUGAGUAACGUUUGGGUUCAGCAACCACAGUCUUCACUAUGGUCCUCAGCCUCCUGUAUGCACCUGCAACUUUAAGGCAUAGCCAAUCGAUCUACAGGGUGAUCUCCUUUUGAAAGCUUAUGAUGGCAUUGUCACAGGGUUGACAGAAGCAACUAUUGUAUAAAUUAAAAUAAUCACGAGAAAACAGAAGAAUCCCUAUGACCACUUGCAGUUAAAAUAUUUUGUCUUCUUUAAAAAAAAAAUAAGUAAAGGAGAAAUAUUUUCCUAUGAGAGUACUGAAUUUCAGGACUUGAGAUAGUGCUUCUAACCAAUGUAUUCCAUCAAGUAGGAUAAUAACAGCUGACCUGCCAACAGCAUUAUAGGGAGAGAAUCUUUCCUGAGCUGACGUAUCCCUGUUUCUCGAAAUUGAUGCCUAAUUGUAGAUGUUAUCCUAAUUUGUGACGCAGAACUAACUUGUGCAUCAAUCCUUGAUAGAGCAGAAGUCAGAACAGGUUGUGUAAGAAUACAAUCUGGCUUUAGAAUGUGUGAAAUCACCUGCUUUGCCAUAGAAGAUGGAAGCUCUCACAAGGGUUUGAUCCGCAUUAAAACCCCAAACCCACCCUCUGUUAACAAACCAGGGAUGGUCUUAAUUACUUUACUGAACAAGGAAGCAACUGUAAUGGGAAGAUUGCCUAGCCUUACUCACAAGAAGUGUUCUGGUAGAUUAGUUAACUAUAGUACCAUCGUGUAAGGAAAAUGAAGCCAUGUUGCAUCCACAUGUUCCCAUUUGCAGAAACCUCACAGGACAGUACAAGUAUCUUGCAUUUUUACGUUUGUUAAAGCAGCAAAUUCCUUCUUGCCUUUAAGGGCUAUGGUUGUGGUGUGAUUCUUGGCUAACCUGCUUUCAAAAUCCAUUUUGCUAUAGCAGAGCUUUAUUGCAGGCAUCUAAAAAUUGAAUAACCAUGUGAAAUAAUUUGGGCUUAAAAGUAGAACAUAAAUUAUAGAGUGGAAGGCAAGGGACAAAAAAACCCUUUUAUCUUUAAUUUUCCUGGGGAAUUAUAUAAAGAUUUUCUUACAACAAUUUUGCCCUGAUUACUGAAGUGGCAAAUAAAGCUAGAGCGAAUAUUUUGUUUUGGAAAGGUGCUCAAGCUCUGACAUUUUUGGUUUCCAUAGCCGUGAACUAUUUAUUAUUUGCAUGACUAAUGGCACAGGAAAAACCUAUUCAUAAGUUUUACAAUCAAGUGUAGAAGGGUUUUCAACAAACUUCAGAGUUAUAAGUGCUGAAGAGAGUAUCUUGAGCUAAUCCUCUGAAGAUAAAUUUGGCCUUCAGAACUCAGUAUCACUAAGCCUGCGAUCUGCGUACUUGCCCCACACUUUGUUGGUUUCACACACUUGUGCAAGUAACCUCUGGUCUUAUGUGUGUACCUGAGAGAAGAGUGUGUGUGUUUGUGUGUGCAUGUGUGUUUAUUGUUCCUAAGAAUUUGGCACAAGUCAGAGAUAAUUGCCUAUACUGAGAAUCCGUACUGCGGAAUAUAGUGUAUCAAAAGCCUUUUUUUUCUUUUAAAUUAUUUGCGUGGUUUUUUUACACAUUAUUUGAAAUCAUUGCUAGCCCCCAAGUGUUUAGUGAACUGGCAUUGAGCUGAGAGGAUAGCAAAAAAGAUGGACAGUACCCUUCACAGAUGAGAAAACAGGUAUGUGGGUACCACCAGGCCGGGAUUAUCAAAAAUCUUUGAAUUGUGAAUAUUUGCAUCCUUCAAUAUAGUUUUUUGUUUGUUUGUUUGUUUUUUAUAACCCCCAAUUGUGAAGCACCUUGUUUACAGGACAGAAAGUUCUAACCAAUUUCCUUGAAACCAGUUCCUGUCUGUAACAGUUGAUUCGACUCAAAACAUUUAGAGAAAUCAGAGAUUCAAGAAGUAAUGAUUUUAUCUACAGAAAUAGAAAUCUGUCAGAGAAGCGGUUGAGAUUUGAAGCCUCUAACUUCUCAGAAUGAUUUUUUUUUAGAUUUCCGUAUUUAACAGCAAUUUAUGACAACUAAGAUGACAUAUUAAAAACAUCUGUAAAGACUACAGUUUUACAUUAUGGAUCGCUAUGCAGACAAGAAAAAGAAGUUAAAUAAUACGAAAGGUAUGGCGAAAACAUAAGAUGGAAAAAGAUUAUCUACAAAUUCAGAUUUUCGUUUGAAGUGUUUGUGUCAGACAAGUAGGCGGGCUUUUACUGUACAGAUGUUAAUAAGAACCAAUUUGGCUGCUUGAUCAGUGUUUCCACACAGCCCUUCGUGUUUAGGUGACAAAGCAUCAAAGAUACCCAGAAACAUGGGAACCCUCUCGUGCUUUUACUGUUGGUGUUUCAUCUGGUAUGAAUAUAACUCAGUUUGAAUGAAUGUGUUUGUUGAGAUGUUAAUAACAAGCUGAAGAACAGGAGGAUUAAAUGUGUUGGCACACGAAGUCACAGUGGCUACAGAGAAAAGUCGGUGACCUUGCGUCGCGAUGGAUUUUACGCCCUGAUCAGACUAGCAACUAGAUAAGUGAAAGUUUUCUAACAUGCCUUAAAAAAUGUUAUGGUUUGAUCCAAAGACCCACUUUUUCUUUAGCUGUUUGUUUUCAUUUUGUCUCGUUUAACUUUAAGCAAAGGCAGUGUUUUUUAAAAAUUAUUUUUUCUCUUCUGUUGCAGCAGCUUUGGGGUGGGGGGGGGUUGGGCGGGGUGGUUCUUUUUUAAGCUGUGAUAGUGAUGGUAACUGACGCCUUUCAUUCUGUUCGAUUUACACCAAACAAGCCAGCAUCUGAUCAAAAGCAUUACCUAAAAUCUUCCUUAAACUAUUGAAAGGUGCUUUGAUGAUUUUCUCCUUUGGUUUGUAGAAUUAGAACUGAGCUUUUGACAAAGCGCUUAGAGUUGCCAUCACUUUUCUGUGGUCAAACUACUGAUACUUGCUUUUCUUUAUAAGGAAAUAUUGCCUAAGGAUGUCUGCUGUUUGUUUUCAGAAGUUUUCCAGUGGGAAUGCUGUCUGCGUUAUGUCUGAAUGUGCAAGUGCGUAUUUUGUUUGUUGCUGUUGGUUUUUGUUGUUUUGUUUUGUUAGAUGUUCCUCUCACUAGCCUUGUGUUCGCACUGGUAAGCUUUACUUGUCUCCUUUGCCAAUCAAAUGUUAAAGACUAUGGGGGUCUUUUUUUCUUUUUAAUUAACGUGUCAUUGUGCAUCUAUUAAAUCUUGAUCAGGGUUUCAAGAAUGACUGCAGUGGGUUUUGGAAACAGACUUAUCAUUAUUGAUUUGGGGUUUCCCAGAGAUAUAGUUCACAGUUAAUUGUUGAGCUCUAAUACAACUGACCAUUUAAAAUUGAACAACAGUUUAUUGUUUUGUAACAAUGUCAGUUGUUAAACCUUGACAUUUCGAUUAAAACAUGAAUUGUAGUUAUAACUCAAUGCAAAUUCAACAGUUGUAUUUGGAGUUAAAUUAUUUUAACAAAUAAAUUUAUUUAAUGAAA